AUGAGUGAAAACAUUCUUUCCGCAGCUAAAUUAAAAUAUAAUGAAAAUGUUCAUGUGCGCGUUGCAGAUGUGAAAGACCUUGUGGCAGCAGAAGGAAUAUACCAUGCUAACUGUAUGAAGAAAUUCUUUCGUGAUGUAGAGAAAGCGAAGACAGAAAACAAAUAUGUAGACCUUGCGAUGGUGUGGUUGGCGCAGGAACUUAGACAAUCAGCUGACAGAGGACAUGUUCUUGAACUCAUAGAAGUGCGAAAAAGGUAUGAAGAUCUUGCUGGCGAAGCAGGGAUUGUGAUUCCUGCAUCAUAUCUUAGCCGCCUGGCAACUUUCAAGGACAGAUUGUCCAGCAUUCUAGAUGGUGUAUAUGACUUUAUUGUCCUGCGUGACCAAGAAAACUUUGAUAGAAAGACAGUCAUGGUACCAAAGAAAUUUAGUCAUGUUCCUCUUUCAAAACUGAAAUCAUUUGAAGGUAGUUGUGACAACACAAUCCCAAUAUUUCGAUCGGGUGACGAUGAGUUUUUGUCCAUGGUACAUGUAGCACUCAAGAUCCGUGGUGAUAUACAAUCCCAAUCAGAAUUCAAAGGGGUUGAUGUUAACGAAAAUGCAGCAAUUGAUUGUGUCCCCACAAGUUUAUACAUGUUCAUUCGGUUACUGAUUGGUGGUCAAACACUCUUAGAAGAGGCCAAUGAUGAAAAUGAUGUAGAAGACACAUUUGACAAGAUAGAAUCUGUUGUUCAGUCUAGGGUUCUCAGCAUAGGCCAAGAUAUAGUGUUCAAUGUAUCUGGGGAAAGGAAAACCUCCCCGAAACAUGUAGGUCUUGGCCUUACACUGCAUCAAGCUACCAGAUCAAAAUCACUUGUAGAAAUGUUUUAUAAUGCUGGGCAUAUUGCUAGCUAUAGAGACAUACUACGUGUUGACACUGCUUUAGCUGAGUGGAUCAGGCACUCUUCCCUGCUUAAAUGGGAGGUUCCUGAGUAUCAAAUGUUGAUACGAAGGCUAGGUGGAUUGCAUGUAUCAAUGAACCUCCUGAAGAACAGUCUAGCAGCAUUUGUCGACAGCAGACAAGUUUGUCACAAUUUCCAAUUCUGGUGGAAGUAUAUCGAGAUGGUAAACAUCCUACUCAGGUUCACGAGAGCUCAGAGAGACGGCUUAUGGGAACUUCACCUCAGUGCCUUCCGGGACAUGCUACCAUACUUUCAUCAAUAUGACCACACCAUAGUGUUGUGUAUAUCUAUGACCACACCAACCACGCUCGAUGGGGAUGUGUGUAUCUUUAAGAAAUGA